AUGUCUUCUAUGACAAAAACCAUUACAAGCUGGUUUUGGGACAGAUCAACGUCGCACAUAAUUUGAUUGACAAUGUUUCCAAAGACUAUGUUUGACGGAAGUAUGGGGAUUCCCUGUACCGCUAUAAACAACAGAAGCGUGCUGCUCUGGGUCGAAUGUGCACCAUCAUGAAAAGACAGAAGCAAAGCUUGGAAUACCUGGAACAAGGUCACCAGAGCUGAUGUUGAAGUCUAGCCCUACGCCUUCACCACCAAGUCCUUGUUCGUCGGCCACAUGGAUUACAAAUACCUUUGUUGGCAGGUGGUUGACACCCCAGGGAUCUUGGACCACCCUUUGGAGGAGAGGAACACCAUUGAGAUGCAGGCCAUCACAGCCCUGGCGCAUCUGCGUUCUGCCGUGCUCUACGUGAUGGAUGUCUUCGAGCAGUGUGGCCAAGCCCUAGAGUAGCAGUACGAGCUCUUCAACAACAUUCGGCCCCUCUUUGCCAACAAGAAAAUCUUUGCUGACCUUACUGCAGAGGGCAUCCCUGUCAUUGAAACCAGCACUUUGACUGAGGAGGGCGUGAUAAUGGUGAAAACAGAGGCCUGUGACAAACUUCUGGCCGAUCCUGUCGAUGGCAAAAUGAAGGGCAAGAAGGUGCAUGAUGUUCUCAACAGAUUGCAGUUAGCAGUGCCUGCUAAGAGGGACAAGAAGGUGAGACCACCGUUCAUUCCAGAGGGAGCUAGGAUUGGCAGGAAAACAGUGGAGGUGGAUGCACCCAAACGCAGAACAGGGAGGGAGAUUGGAAAUAUAUGCUGGACCUACAGAAACCUGGAGGAUCUGGAGGAGGAGCUGAAGGAGAAGGCAGGGGAGUAUGAGACUGGUGAGGAUCAGGAGAUGCAGAUCCGCCAGCUGGCCCAGAACUGUCAAGAAGGUGAUGUGGAUGGAGAUCUUGUUUAUAUGAAUAUAACUUUUACAGUUCAUCUUGUUUUAUAGCCUGUCUUUUAAAAAAACUAUUAUACCUUUUACAGGUUGAAAGAAAUGGGAGACCUUGGUCUGGACAUGACUGGCAAAGAUGAUGUAUGUAAAAGACAAUAUAUUUUCACAUGCUACAGAUGUUAUGCUGUAGUGCAGGGGUCUAAAUCAGUACCUGAAUAGAGCGGAAUAAUGAAAAAAGCAUUGGAACUGGCUUCGCGGUCCGGAGUUUAGUUUGAGGGCUGUAGUGUAUUCUCACAUUUCUGCUCAUGUCCAUUCAGAGCCACUAUGCGGUGAAUGCCCGUAGAUCCCGGAGUGUUGGUGUUGGCAAGAAACGCAAGCGUGUGGCAUCCAUAGCGCCCACCUCUCGAACCCGCAGCCAGAGUGCCUCUCGUCCCCCACGCGACCAAUCUGGUGUUCGUGAUCCUAAGAUGGCGAAGAAGGCCAAGAAGUUGAUGAAGAGCCAACAGAAGGACAUGAACUGCCAGGGGAAGAAGGGAGAGGCAGACAGACAUGUAUUUGACCUCAAGCCAAAACCUCUUUUGUCUGGCAAGAGAAAGUCCGGAGCAAACUAUCACAGAUAAAGGCAUUGAUCGAUGAGUUUCACAUAGAAAGGUUGGGAGUCUAUGAGGAGGGAUGCCUGUCGAAAGUGGAAGCAGUGCAGCCUCUCGCCAGGCCAAGCAGAAGCGCAAGUCCCACAGCCUGUCCAUCCGCCGGACCAACAGCACAGAGCAGGAGCGCACAGGUUUACAGAGGGAGAUGUUGGAGGGACAGGAUUCCAAAUUGCCAUUGUCUUUGAGAAGCAAUCUUCUGGACCUGUUUGGCCAGAUUGAGAGGGAGUUUGAAAACCUCUACAUUGAAAACAUUGAGUUGCGUAGAGAGAUUGAAACACUGAACGAUCGUUUGACAGCUGAAGGGCAAACCAUCGAUGGGGGAGAUUUGACAAAGGGGGCACUUAAAACAAAAGCAAGUCAUAGCACAAGUCAACUUUCACAAAAACUGAAGACCACUUAUAAGGCAUCUACAAGCAAGAUCGUUUCCAGUUUUAAAGCCACCACGUCCAGAGCCGUGUGCCAGCUGGUCAAGGAGUAUGUAGGUCACAGGGAUGGCAUAUGGGACCUGAGUGUCACCAGGACACAGCCCGUGGUGCUGGGCACAGCUUCGGCAGAUCACAGUGCCAUGCUAUGGAGCAUCGAGACCGGGAAGUGCCUCCUGAAGUAUGUGGGUCAUGCAGGAUCAGUUAACUCUAUCAAGUUCCAUCCCACAGAACAGAUGGCUCUUACAGCGUCUGGUGACCAGACAGCCCAUAUCUGGAGGUACAUGGUGCAGCUGCCAACCCCACAGCCUGUAGCCGACAUCAGUCAGACGCCCUGUGACGACGACAUAGACUUCUCAGAUAAGGACGAGGCUGAUGGGGACGGUGAGGGCCCUAACGAGUGUCCCUCCAUCCGCAUGGCUUCCACUACCCUCAGGAGCCACCAGGGGGUUGUCAUCGCUGCAGACUGGCUGGUGGGGGGCAAGCAGGUGGUUACCGCCUCCUGGGACCGGGCUGCCAACCUGUACGAUGUGGAGACCUCUGAGCUCGUCCACUCACUCACUGGCCACGACCAGGAGCUGACCCAUUGCUGCACCCACCCCACCCAGCGUCUGGUGGUCACCUCAUCCAGAGACACCACCUUCCGUCUGUGGGACUUCAGAGACCCCUCCAUCCACUCUGUCAACGUGUUCCAGGGACACACCGACACGGUGACAUCAGCAGUGUUCACUGUGGGGGACAAUGUGGUGUCUGGGAGUGACGAUCGCACUGUCAAGGUCUGGGACCUCAAGAACAUGAGGUCACCCAUAGCAACCAUCCGCACAGACUCUGCAGUCAAUAGGAUAAGUGUGUCGGUGAGUCAAAGAAUCAUUGCUCUUCCUCACGACAAUCGACAAGUUCGGCUGUUUGACAUGUCAGGAGUACGGCUGGCUCGACUCCCACACAGCAACAGACAGGGCCACCGGCGCAUGGUGUGCUGCUCAGCCUGGUGUGAGGACAACUCCUCCUGUAACCUGUUCAGCUGUGGCUUUGACAGGCAGGCCAUCGGAUGGAACAUCAACAUCCCAGCUCUGCUGCAGGAGAAGUGAGCCCAGCCCAGACAGCCCUGAGCCAUCCGCCUGGCCCAUCUGCUCACUGAACCCCAUGUUAAGAGCUGAUCCCUGGUCAGUUCAGUCAGAUGCCACCACCCUCAGGCAGGGAAGGGAGAAGAUCGAUCGAGGACCACUCUCUCUCUGUGUCAAGUAUUCAUGUUCUUCUCACACUCCAAAUGUGGUCACAGUCUGGUCUGCAUAGUUUGAAUAUACAUACCGUACUACAUACAUGUGUGGUGGUUUUCAAUCUUGCCCAUGUAUGUACAAAAAAUGUAAAGGACUACUCUGCUUUGUUGUUGGGCUUGUUUUGAUCAGUUUAUUCAUGACUUUCCUUCUGAAGAUAAAUAGCACUGACAUAAAGAAGGUACGGGGGGAUAUUAUAGUCACCCUAAUUUUCAGUUCAGAAUAGGUCAGGCACCUUUUUUGAUGGUGUAGCCUCGUUGAUAAUGAGCAGCAUUUCAUGGAGACUUGUGUUAGUACUGAAAUGCCACACAUCUGCUUUCGAACCCACCUUAACCGCUCAGAAGUACAGCUAGCCAAGCUACUGCAUAUCUCUGUGCCAUUUCGGCAGAGCCAUAUUUUGUCAAAGUUUACUGCCCAUCUCUGUGCCAUUUCGGCAGAGCCAUACUUUGACCAUCUAUUGGUGAUCAACUGAGCACUGAAUAAGGAAAAUGCAGAGCUGCUACAGUACAGUGUUCAUGUGGCUCUGUCAUGCACCUUUUAGAACCAAUAGCUGUUACAAUUUUAUUUGUUGUUAAACUGUUUUAGACUAAAUACCAUUGCAGCUUUUGUACAGACUUGACAGAAUCCUACUCUUGAGUCCUAGACAGUAUGUUGUACCAGUGGAAUAAAUUGUGUAAACACCCCAUGUUUAGAGGUUGAGGUUGAUCGUCUUCACCAUUUUAAUAGGCCCUUCAUUCAGGUUGAGGUUGAUCGUCUUCACCAUUUUAAUAGGCCCUUCAUUCAGGUUGAGGUUGGUCGUCUUCACCAUUUUAAUAGGCCCUUCAUUCAGGUUGAGGUUGGUCGUCUUCACCGUUUUUAAUAGGCACUUCAUUUGUGUGUAAUAAUCAUAAAUGAGUCUUAGAAAGUAAGACGUCAUGAAAUUGCUGUUAGAUAUAGAGUUUACAAACAAUAAUAACAUGAAGUGUUUCUUAGAAUUAGUCAGUAUUGAACAUGUUACAGGGAUAUAUAGGUCAGUAAUUUGUUACCGCGUGGUACUUCCUUGCGUAAGUAAGUGGGAUCUCUAAGAGCGUUCUAAUGCAAUAGCUGUAACAUGCUUGGUGUGCUCAGUGAUCAUGGCGUUAAUUUCUGCAUAGAAAACUAAAAGAAGAAGAGAUUAUUAUGUGUUUGAGGUAAGUGUGAUGUCAUAAAGUAGCUGUGUCUGUUUUUUAGAGAAAGAGAAUCAACGUUGAACUUGAAAACAUUUUGAGUGUAAUUGUCUGAGAGUCACUUGGCAGGCAGCACAGUUGACUUGGUUACAUUCCUGCUCUUACGCAGACAAAUUAUACAAAAUGAUGUAUCUGUAUCUCAUGAGACAAGCCAGCUUUAUUGCAGUCGUAAAUGCUUCUCUAGAGACUUAGAUAUGCUUUGUGUUUUGCCAACUUGUAACAACAUAUUGACUAUUGAUAUUUAUACAAGAAGUCACAUUGAACAUCUUUUAUCCCGUUAUGGAAUCGUUAUUGUGACAAUAAAAAGUGGUUCCAGGUAUAGGCCCACGGUUCAAAGUGAGCGUAACUUUCCUUCCACAAUAAAUUUCACAUCUGGAGAAAAUGAAAUGUAAUCUCUAUUCAAAGUGGCCUAUUUGGCUUAAUGGUGUAUUCCUGCUGCAUAUUUUAUUAUCCUUUUAACUUUGAGGUGAUCUUUUCAUUUCCACUAGUUCUUCAUCCUGUGCAGUUAAAAUCAGUUGGAUCUCUUUGGUUUCAUUGGCUGAAGUAUUGUUGUUUUAAUCUAUAGUGGUUUGCAUGUAGAUGUAUCGUUUACAUCAGGGAUGUCUUAGAGGUUACUCCUAGCCUGGUCCCACAUCCGUUUGUGCUCUUACCAACUCCCUUGGUCAUUGUUAAGCCAAACAUGACACUACUGUAAGUGACAAGGAGUUGGCAUGAUGGCACAAACAGAUUGGCACUGAAAAUAGGCCACUGCAGAUGUGGUUGUGCAGUUGUAUGCAUGACUAAUACCACAUGAUGUAGUACUAGAGGCAUUGAUUAAGUGACUAUAGUAAUCUGUUACAUGGGUUGAUAUAAUAAGAGAUCUCUCUUGGACCGUAGCUGUCCAGGAUUGUCAUCCGUGAUUUAAGUGAAACAAAUCUGUUUGAAAUAUCAAAGAUGUAUGGCCUGUGAAUGUGAAGUCUAGCCUGGUGCCAGAUCUGUUUGUGCGCUUGCCAACUUCAUUGCUCGUUUGGCACGACAAUGAAUGAAAAGGAGUUGGCAUGGUAGCACAGACAGACUGCCACUCAGACUACCUGACCUCCGGAGCCACCAUGCAUAGCUAGUUGACCAUGUUUAUCAUCACUUUCUUCAUGGAUUUAUUUACAUUUCAGUCUCGUGGUUUUCUCAGCUGGUUAUGUAAAUGUGGUCCUGUGUUCAUUUCAAUGGAGUACAGUGCUUGCUUGUUUCCCAAAUGGCACCCUAUUCCGUAUGUAAUGAAUAUGGUGCAAUUUGAGACGCAUACCCUCAUUACAUCAUACAAACUUAGCAGUAGAAAUCAACAUUGUAAAACUGUGGUUACCUACCUAAUGAUAUUUUGUGGUAAAAAAGGUUCAUUUUAACAAGAGGAGCUCCACUAGUACACAUCUCAUAACAUGAAACAGUUUAGCUGUGUGUGCGUGCGUACGUGCGUGCGUGGUGGGUAUUCAUAAGGAACAGCAGCUUGUGAAAUCAAAUAAAAUGUUGUGCCGUUUCAUUCCCUCA